AUGGAGAACUAUAAUUCGUCCCUUCAUGAUGAACGUAACAAAGCUGCCAAUAACUCUAAGGAUGAUCGUGGUAAGCCGCCAUUAUUGGUUAAGGGUUUUGCUAGCCGUAUUAUGUCUAUUGAUGGAAAUCCCUUAGUACCACGUCGGGGAAGCUUUCAGAACUUGCAACCUGAUCCGAAACCUAUCAACAUUUUCGAUGAGCUUACGAAAAUCACAGUGCCUGUUGAUCCGGUGUGUUCUCAAUCUGUUCAGAAUCCUGAGGAGGGAGAGAAUAUCAAGGGUAUCCAAGGGUCGUAUGCGGAUAGAGUGAAGAUCAAUAUGUCAGCUAAGCGUGAGGUAAAUUUCAGACUGCUUGAGUCUUUAGAGAGUGUGGAGGAGGCAGAUGUUGUCAUCCCUAAGGAAGCCAUUCGACAGGUACAAAAGAAAUUUGAGAAUGUUCUUUACGGAUACUUUCUAGGUGAUAGAUUGCCUUUUCCAGUAGUUGAGUACUAUGUUAAGAAUGUAUGGGCAAAAUAUGGAUUCGUCAAGCUUAUGAUGAACUCGGAUGGUUUUUUCUUUUUCAAAUUCGAUUCCAAAGAGGGUAUGCAUAAGGUUAUAGAUAAUGGUCCAUGGCUGAUUAGGAAGAUUCCGUUAUUCCUGAAUAUACGGGGUCCGUCGGUGAGUUUAAAGAAGGAGGGCAUUAAGUCGGUUCCAGUAUGGAUUAGGCUACAUAAUGUUCCUUUGGCUGUGUAUACAGAUGAUGGCUUGAGUUUGCUGGCCUCAAAAGUGGGAAUACCAAAAAGGUUAGAUAGUUAUACGGCGGAUAUGUGUAUUGAGAAUUGGGGAAGAACGAGUUAUGCCCGUGCAAUGGUUGAGAUAAAUGCUGAUAAGGAGCUAAAAACUCAUGUAGUGGUUGCCAUCCCUAAAAUGGAUGAAGAAGGGUUUGUGAUGGAAAGAGUUAAGGUGGAAUAUGAAUGGAAACCUCAACGUUGUGAAACUUGUUGUUUAUUUGGCCAUAAUAUUUCUUCAUGCCCUAGGGUUUCCAAGGAGAAAGCUAAGUAG